CCGCUGAAGUAUCUGUUAGCGCUAACAGCCAAAGAGGCAGCUUUGAGUCGUUACGAGCUUUGUGUGAACUGAUAAAAUCUCCAGCUGCUGCCAAAAUGAUUUCACUCACGGACUCUCAAAAAAUUGGGAUGGGGCUGACGGGCUUCGGUGUGUUUUUCCUCUUCUUUGGGAUGAUGCUGUUUUUUGAUAAAGCUCUGCUAGCCAUUGGAAAUAUUCUGUUCGUCUCGGGCCUGUCCUUCGUCAUCGGCCUGGAGCGUACGUUCAGAUUCUUCUUCCAGAGACACAAAGUCAAGGCCACCAGCUUCUUCCUGGGAGGAGUGUUUGUGGUUCUGAUCGGCUGGCCGAUCAUUGGAGUCGUUCUGGAGAUCUACGGGUUCUUCCUCUUGUUCAGAGGAUUCUUCCCGGUGGCGGUGGGCUUCAUCAGGCGAGUUCCUGUGCUCGGGUCUCUGCUCAGCUUACCAGGGAUCAGUACACUGGUGGAUAAAAUUGGUGAGAGCAACACUAUGGUAUAACAGUGGGCUCUUAGUGAAUCGGAGGAGUUAUCAUCGUAUCUAACAGCGACUGUAUAUUUUGGUCAUUGCCACUCCAGAACUGUGAAUCCAAACAUUUUUCUGCACAAAAGACACAAGUGGACGUUUUACUGACGUCAUGAUGUUUUGUGUCUGAUGGCCACUCAGACGAUGUUACCAAGAGAUUUGUUUGUUUGUUUUUUAUUUAAACGCUGGAAGCAGGCCUCCCUUUUUCUACCAUUCCAGUCUGAUAUUUAUGGACUGAUAACUUGAGAUCACUGGAUUAACUCAGCCGAGAGUCAGGAGCUCCUCCAGAGUGUGUGCCUCAACAGUCACUGAGAGCUGUUUGUUUGAGUUCCUCGAUGAAGUGUUACUGGAAUUUUGUACAUUAAAAAUAAAUGAUGUUGCGCUAAAUGUGACAAAGAAACCUGAGCUGUGGUUUAAGAUGCUUGUCUUAGAGACGUUUUACUGUAACUUUUGUAAGUGCAUACUUGA